AUGCCUACCGGGUCUUUUUCGGAUAUCAAAGCGUUGCAUGUAAGAGGACGUAUUUGUAUUGCGAGAGAUAAAAGCCAAAAGAGAAAAGAGUUUUUAACAUGCGGUGCUGAUGGAACAGUCUAUUUAUGGAGUGAAAAAUGUUUCUUAGAUAACACUGCACCCGAAGUUGUUAACAUAGGAGAAGCUACGAGCAGUUGUGUUGUGUGGAAAGAUGAGUAUGUCUAUGUUGGCUGUACUACACUAAAUUUACUUCUUGGCACAGAGAAAAAGAUAAUAGGCAGAACUAAAAUCGAUGAAUUAGGGACCAAUCUCAGUCCGUCUUUAAUUUUUGGCUUGGAUCCUGUAGCAGUAGAUGUAGGAGAUAAAUUUCUCGCUGCCGCCGGAGGAGAUUUCUCUGUUAAAAUCCUCACUCUCGGGGCAGAAUCCACCAUCUACAAGCGGUUUGAAAUGAGCGCAGACGUUCUAUCAGUUGCGAUAAGUCCUAAUGAGAAUUUCUGCGCUGUAUCAACAUCGGAUGGUAAAGUAUCCAUAUAUGAUAUAAUGGAGGAAGAACCUAAGCGAAUCUUCUCUGAGAAAGUUUUUGGAGAUACCAUGCCCACAGAGCUUGAGAGUCCCAGAGUGAAGUUGGCUUGGUCUCGAACAAGUGAAGAACUGUAUGUACCUUCAUUGGGAGCAGUGAAAAUUAUUGAUGCUUCCACAUGGACCGUUUCCAGCAGAAUGUUCAGGGGAAAAGAUGCUGAAUACGAAGAUUUUUCUACUCUCGCUGUUUCGCCUUGUGGAAAUUAUCUCGCUGCCAGUACAAUCGGUAAUAAGCUCUUCAUCUGGAGAACUUCGAAUUGUGAAAUUAUUUCUCAAAAUGAGUAUAAACGAAUUUGUAACUUGAAGUACAUGAUAACAGAUAUUGAAUUCAGCCCCUACAAUGGUAGAACUAUUCUUCUUGUUGAUGUCAAUGAAGGACUGUGUCUUUGGAAAAAUGCUCUACCUGCUGGAUUGGGUGAUAUUCCUACAACAUCUGGAUUAGUUACCGAAGCUAACCAAUCAAAUAUAUACAAUGAUGAUGAAGACGAUGAUGAUGAUAACGAAUUGGUAAUGAGAAAGAGACCGAAGUUCAUUUCCGAUGAAGCAGAUGAUGCCAACGACGGCUCACACCCUGAAGUUGUAGAUAUUGAUGAAGACUCUAGAAUGUCUGCUGAUAUCAGUGCAAUCAAAAAAUCGUUUGGGUACGCUAAUACCGGAAGAUUAGAAGAUUUCGGUUUUGGAGUUACUGAACCUGAAGACCCUGAAUCCAACUAUAUAGAAAAGCCUAAAGAGUAUGCGCCAACUACAGUCACGAAAGUUGUUGAGUACGAUCCGCCUACUAUCCCUUCUCACUUUGUAUCCGGUGCUACGCCAUCACAUAAUACCCAAAGAUAUUUGAAAUGGAAUAGAUAUGGAGUUGUGAGGAGUUAUACUGAGGUAGACAAUAAUAGCAUUGAGGUCGAGUUUCAUGAUGCUAGUAUUCAUCCCGAAAUUAUCUUGGAUAAUUCUACUACCAACUAUCGUCUUGCUGAUCUCUCAGACCACGCUGUAGUAUUAGCAAGUUCUCCUGAGGAGAAGUCAGCUCAAAGUGAAUUGCUCGUAAUUCAUAUCAAGUCAUGGGAUACAGAAUCAAGAAGAUGGUCUGUGCCAUUACCUGCGAAAGAUGUGGCGAUUGAUGUCUUGGUUUCAAAUGAUGUAGUUUGUGUUUUGACUUGGCAAAGGAACAUUCGAGUGUUUACGAUCACUGGUAGUCAAAGACAUAUCAUAUCGCAUCCUGGUCCUAUCCUCACGAGUGCUCUCUAUGGUGAUAAGUUAUCAGUACUCUCUGUCAAAGGUGCUGAGUUCUUUGAAGAGUAUCAGAAAUCAAAGCGGAGCAAAGCAACGUAUCAGUAUUCUGUGACGACGUAUGAUGUAGGAAUCAGAGGAUGGAUGGGACUGGAAAACUCCGUUACCUCAUGUGAUCUAGCGGUCACUCCAGGAAAGUGUCCCUUAUGGUUAUCAUAUUCUAACACAGGCCAGUUAGUAACUAUGGACAAUGGUUAUAAUGUGCGUAUAAAGUCGCCAGCUGGGUUCUGGAUGCCUAUAUUUUCGCCCAGUGAAUUGCACGACAAAUCUGAUGGUAUCUGGCCCAUUUCGGUUGUUAUGCAAGGUACAAGCAGACAGUUCAGAUAUUUAUACUGCAAAGGAAGUCGUCAUCCAUCUUUAACAACGAAACAAGUUCCAAUAAUUGCCGACUGGAGGUUGCCGUACUGUCAAGCCGAUAGCGAUAAAUCGCAACUAGAAGAAAGCCUGUAUUUGAAUGAGCUUCAGCAAAACAUUGCAAAUGAAAUUGGAUCAAGCACAUCGGAGUUCAAUUCUAUUCGUUCGAACACGAUCUUGAAACUAUUCGCUCUCGCUUGUAAAUCGGAAAGAGAAACGCGAGCUUCCGAAUUUGCUUCGUUUAUGUCUUCAUCCAAGGGUAUUCAGGCUCUGUGCAAUUAUGCCUCGGGUUUCAAAAAACAUGUUUUGGCUGAGAAAGUAGCUCAAAUUGGUCGAGAGAACAUGAAAGAUUCGAGUAUCCCACUUGAAAGGAAAAACAAUGCUUCUGCAAUAGCCCCACGACGUGUAUCAAUGAAAAGAAGGACAAUUGAAGUACAACCACCUCGUACAUCUGAAAUGUCCCAAGCUGAAUCUGUUGAUGUCUUCGAAGAAAGAGAGGAGCCAGCGCAUACUGAAGAAUACUCUCAAGUCAGUGCGACUAACGAUUUAGCUCUUGUUACAGGAACCCCUUUCAACAGAAAUCCAUUUAAGAGGGCCGCUGAUGUGAAUUUAGACAGUUCCUCUAUGUCAGUUUUUGAUCAGCUUGAAUCCUCUUUUGACAAUCCAAAGAAAAGAGCAAGAGAGGAUGAGAGUUCCCAAACCCCGGUACCUUCCGCUAAGAGACAAAUGAAGCUUGGUUUUUCUGCAACGUCUGCUGGCAAGGAAAAUAAAAAGUAA